UUGAAACCUUGGACCAAAUCUAGGAACAGUUUCUAGUUGCUGCUUCACACUCACUCGUAUCAUUGGAAGCGUCCCCAAAACCCUAAUUAAAACCCUAAUUAUUUCUCCUCAAAUUCACCGGAAAAUGUCGCCGGCGAUCACCGUGACGGAGAUUCAAGGCCGAGGAAGAUCAGUAAUCUCCACUCGUCCACUCAAAGCCGGUGAAAUCAUUCUCAAAGACUCCCCAAUUCUCCUCUACUCCGCUCAAUCUUUCGUAUCAAAAACGCCUCAUUAUUUCUGCUCCAAUUGCUUCAAAUCAAUCAAUUCUCAGACCCCAUCAGUUGUUUCCUGUCAAUCUUGCUUGUCUUUCAAUCAGUCUACUCUUUUUUGUAGUCCAGAGUGUCAUUCUGUUGCUUUAGGCUCGUUUCAUUCGCCUUGGGUUUGCGAAGCGUUGAGGCGCUUCGCGAACCCGCUGAUUAGUCUUUAUCCGGAUAAUUUGGAGAUUCAUUUGCAAGCGAGGUUUUUGGUUGCAGCUUUUUGUUUAGCUGUUAAGUCUCCGGAAAAGUUUGGUGCUCUUAUGUCGUUGCAAGGGGAGGGUUUGGAUAGUGAUGAGGUUCGGUUUUUGUAUUCGGUGGUUAAGGAAAUUAGGCCUCCUGCUGAGGGUUUUGUGGUUUCGUUGGAGGUUGUAGCAGCAUUGUUGGCGAAGGAUAAGUUGAAUGCGUUUGGAUUGAUGGAGCCAUUUGAGGAGGAUAAGGAGAGGGCGGUUAGGGCGUAUGGGAUUUAUCUGAAUGCAUCGUUUUUUAAUCAUGAUUGUCUUCCAAAUGCGUGUAGGUUUGAGUAUGUUGAUAAGAAUAGUGGUGAUGAUAAUACGGAUAUGGUUAUUAGGAUGAUUCAUGAUGUGCCGUCUGGGAGGGAGAUUUGUUUGAGUUAUUUUCCAGUGAAUUUUAAGUAUGUAGAUAGGCAAAAGAGGUUAUUGGAGGAUUAUGGUUUUAACUGUGAGUGUGAUCGUUGUAAGGUUGAGGCAAAUUGGUCAGAUGAUGAUGAGGAUGGUGCUGGUGAUGGUAAUGGUAUGGUAGAAGAGGAGGAGGAAUGGAAUGAAGAUGAGCAAAUGGUGGAAGAUGGCAUGGCAGAAGAAGAGAGUGAUGAUCAGAAUAAUGAUUUUCCACACGCGUAUUUCUUUGUUAAGUACAUGUGUAAUAGAAACAGUUGCUGGGGUACUUUGGCUCCCCUGCCUCCACAACCCCUAUCGGAUUCAUCUUCUGAUUUGAUGGAGUGCAGUGUUUGUGGGAACUUAACUAAAGACUCGUCAGAAUUUAAUGAUGGAAUCUAAGAUUGAAGGACCAGAGGUGAGGAUGUGAAGCAGUGUGUUUUGUUCAAUUGCAGCUGAUAUCUCUUUAUGUUUGAGGUAGGAUUUUCUUUGGUGCGUAUAGCACAUCUUUGUAGAAUGGUUAUUUGUCUUUUUAAAAAUUAAUCCCUUGUGAGUAU